AUGGCAUCGUCUCAGUCUUUGCCCAGCCAAACUAGGCGUACUCGAAUUGUUUGUAUCAGCGAUACUCAUAAUUCAACUGUCAAGCUACCGAAAGGUGACGUGCUGAUUCAUGCUGGCGACUUGACGAACCAGGGUAGCUAUUCAGAGCUUUCCAAAACAGUGCAGUGGUUAGAAAAGGUCGACUUUGAAGUCAAGAUUGUGAUUGCCGGAAACCAUGAUAUAACACUGGAUCAAGGCUUCUAUCAAGAUCAUGGGCAAAGCUUCCACAACAAGAAACCCCAGAACACGGCUGAGUGUCUCAAGCUUCUGACAUCGAGCCCUACCAUCACAUACCUGUGUCAUAGCUCCACGAGAAUCCGGCUUACCAACCCCAAAGGACCAAGAACCGAAUUCAAUGUCUUUGGCUCUCCCUACAGUCCCAAGAACGGUCUGUGGGCAUUCGGAUACGAUGGCAACGGCGUGGAGCCAGAUCCUUCGGGAACGCAAACAUCUACAGACCUCGUCUCCCAAGAAGCAGUAAACCUUUGGUCAGAGAUCCCACUUGAUACCGAUAUCCUGGUCACACAUACACCACCACGAGGCAACUGCGAUGCCACGCUUGGAUGUCAAUUUUUGAAGAAACGACUCUCGACAGUCCGCCCAAGACUUCAUGUUUGUGGCCAUGUCCAUCCGGGAAGGGGUGCUCAGCGAGUGCGAUGGGAGCCGGAAAGGGAUGAAUUUGCCAACGAGCAAUAUCAUGAAGCCGGCGUGGAAUACUGGGAUGACCCCCACCCAGAUAUUCAGUCAGCCAAGCUCAGUCUGGUUGAUUUGACCCCUCGUGGAGGCAACCGCGCCCUUGCCUUUGGCAACUCGGCCGAAACUACCACGAAUGUAUCAGGAGGCAGCCCGCGUGAUGGUCUGCUCCGAGCACCGUCUGUCUCAUGCACCCCAUCAUCCCGACAGGAUCCCGAGUGUCGGGUCUCGGAUGGUCAGCCCCGUGGCCUUGGUCCUGGUCCUGGGCUGGGCCCCGGGCUCCCCACCUUGGAUGACGUCCAGCCUCUAACGUCCAAAAGCCGAGAGUUGAACUCCAGUCGCACGGGUCGACGCGAGACUUGCGUAGUCAACUGUGCUAUCGUGGCAACGAACUGGCCUCACACGGGUGGCAGGAGAUACAACAAGCCAAUUGUCGUUGAUGCGGAUCUGCCUGUAUGGACGUAG